GCCCCUCCUUUGAGGAGCUCGCCGCCGUGCGCGGGGCUUGGAAGAUGGAGGGCUAUGUGCAAUUCUUGGCGCUGCUGGUCUCGGCGCUGCUGGUCGGCUUCGUGUCGGUAAUCUUCGCCCUCGUCUGGGUCUUCCAGUACCGCGGAGGGCUGAGCUGGGACGGCAGCUCGCAGGAGUUCAACUGGCACCCCGUCCUCAUCAUCACGGGCUUCGUCUUCAUCCAGGGCAUCGCUAUUAUUGUGUACAGGUUGCCCUGGACAUGGAAGUGCAGCAAACUCCUAAUGAAGUCCAUACAUGCUGGAUUAAAUACCAUAGCUAUGAUUCUUGCAAUUGUUGCUGUGGUAGCUGCAUUUGAUUUCCACAAUGCCGGCGGUACUCCUAACAUGUACAGUCUGCACAGCUGGAUUGGCUUGGCUGCUGUUAUAUUUUAUGCUCUCCAGCUUUUCUUGGGUUUCGCUGUCUUCCUGCUCCCUUUCGCGCCGAUUUCCCUCAGAGCAGCUCUCAUGCCAAUACAUGUGUUUUCUGGUCUUACCAUCUUUGCAACAGUGAUUACAACAGCUCUCAUGGGAAUCACAGAAAAGCUUAUAUUUUCAUUGCAAAAUCCUUCAUAUUCUGCAUCCCCACCAGAGGCAACUUUUGUCAACUGUCUUGGUCUUUUGCUUGUCAUCUUUGGUGCACUUAUUUUAUGGAUGGCAAGCAGGCCCCAUUGGAAGCGUCCCCCAGAAGAGAAUCUUAAAGUUCUACAGCCCAUUGGAGGGACUCCUGAAGGCACAGAAGCAGAAUCCACAGCGACAGAUGGUAGUAAUGCAAAUAAAUCUGAGCUUAAGAUGAAUAGUGAAGCAGCCAGAAAACAAAACUUCAAACUUGAUGAAGCAGGCCAAAGAUCAACUAUGUAAAAAAAUGCACAGAGUACAGUACUGUUAUAGUGCCAAACUCCCCUUGUUCCUUCCAGUUUAGUUACAUUGAUACAUAAAUAGGUUAGGGCUUUAUUUUCAGUAUAGCUUGCUCAAAGAUACUAAUGGUUUUUGCAUGGGAAUUUAAAUUCCAGUAUGUCCUGAACAUGUUCUAUUGAUCCAUGUUCAGUCCUCAUUUAAAAAAUGAGAGCAUGAAUGAAAUCACAUCACAGAAAAAUCACACAUUAAUUUAAUAUUUACAUAUAUAUCUCCUAUAGUCAUGAAAAGUUAAGACUGAGAAUAAAUUUUGCUCUGAGUGGUUUUGCAGGCUAAUCAGAGUAAUUAAUGUAUACCAGACAGCAUAUGGUCCCACAUAAUUUUUCUGGUAAUGUUCACUUUUUUAAAAUCCUGAUUACUGAAGUUGAUUAACACCCUCACUAGCUGCUAAGAUAUGUGGGAUUUGAGGUAAUUCAGCACUUUGUAGAGUUGCAACAUAAAAAUUGCUAGUCUAAAGUUUUGAAUUCAGUGAAAGAAACUUUGGCUGAAAUUUUCAUUAAAUGUUACCUCUCCUUUAAAAACUUCUGGGUUUUAUUUCUAAUUUGAAAAAUCUGAAUGUAUCUCCUGACUUUUUAACCACCCCUACCAAAUCUACUGUAUACAGACAACAUUUGGCUAUAGAUUAUGUGCAAUCAUUACUGGAAUCCAAGGAAAUUUUAAGACAUCCACAUACAGAAUUUGCCUUAUUUGGAAAGCUACAGAUAUGCAGUUAGAAAACUUAAACCGUGUCUGUCUUUUAUCCCAGAAGACAACAUUUUAGUGAUUGCUCAGUUAUACUGACUUAUGGCAAUAGACUAGGAAUUAGGAGGUUAGGAAUCAGAGAAGACUGCUAGCAGUGUCACGGAAGAAAGGAGCUUGGAGUGAGAAAUGCUUCCUCCAAGAAACAGCUGAUCUUUGCUGAUUUGAUUAAAAUGCUACCCAUUAGCUGAAGGCCAGUUUUGGUAUCUCCACACCGGUGUCAAAAUCAUUAUUGGCAUAGGCAUGAAGAUACACUUCAGUCUAUAAGCAAACUAUAUAAACUCUGCCUUUUUAAAUGAAAGUUUCAAAUAACGCAGUUUGAGUCUCUACUGGCACUUUACUUUUAUAGCUCUUUCUAGUAAUCAGAAUAUUAAUGCAUUAUGCUCAUUCAUAAUUUUCACAGAUAAAAGCAAUAUUUAUUUUUUACUAUUACAGAGGAAGAAUUCUAUCAGAUUAUUUUGAUUGCACUUUCCAAAAUGAGAAGCCUCUCUAUAUAGUAUCUUGUAAAACCUGCAGAGCUCACUACAAGUCCAAAUAUACCACUGUUCAUAGGCCAUUUCAGAUGGCAUAUUAUUUCCAAUUUUUUUAAAGACUACAUAAAUUUUCACCUACUUCAGCUUUUAAAAAUGUUUAAACACAUUAAACUUCAGCAAAUAUGUGAUAUUGUAGUUCAGUGUU